UAUUAGCAUUUGUCUCAGCUCUCUCUUUCUCACCCUCUCUAUCUGUCCUCCUCUCUUCGUCUCAAUUCUGCCCGUCGCUUUGUGUUUUUGUCUUGUGCGUUUUUGUUCACUUGUGUUUGAUUUCUGCUUUUCUUUAUUCCUCUUAUGCUAUUUUUUCUUCUGUCAGUUUUGUGGGUAGUUGUGUCUCACCUUCACUUCUAGUUUCCACUGACAACAUUGCUAUAUUUGACUGUCACAACUCCAUGUCCCGUAGUUUUUUCUGUGACCGUCCUAGUCGUCUAGUUUUGCUGCUUUUGCUUCACCUGCCUCUCUCCUUCACCAUAACCCCCUCCAUCUUCUUCUCUUCCAAUCAAGCUCUUCUCAUCUCUGAGGAACUCUGCACUUCUGCAUCAUGGGAAAGACAGAGCUGUGCUCUCUCUACAAGGGUUUUCUGGACUGUAUUUGCCUCUGCCUCUCUCGGAGCAGCAAUGAGGCUGCAGGCGACAAUGAGAGGGACACUGAGAACGGCCACCUGAUCUACAAAAGCGGGGACGUCCUCGAAGACAGAUAUGAGAUAAUUGACACUUUAGGUGAGGGAACCUUUGGGAAGGUGGUGCAAUGUUUGGACCACAGCAGAGGAGGAGGUGGGAUUGCUCUGAAGAUCAUUAAGAACUUGGAUAAAUACAGAGAAGCAGCCAAACUGGAAAUCAAUGUUCUGGAGAAGAUCAGCGAGAGAGAUCCAGAUAACAGACAUCACUGUGUGCAGAUGCUGGAUUGGUUUAACUACUACGGCCACGUGUGCAUCACUUUUGAGCUGCUGUCUCUCAGCACCUUUGACUUCUUGAAAGCAAACAACUUCCUGCCUUAUCCCAUUAACCAGAUCCGACACAUGGCCCACCAGAUCUGCGACGCCGUCAGCUUUCUCCAUGACAACAAGCUGACUCACACAGACCUGAAGCCUGAGAACAUCCUCUUUGUUAACUCAGACUACUCCCUCAUAUACAACUCUGAGAAGAAGUGCAAUGAGCGGAGAAUAAAUGACACCACAGUGCGGCUUGUUGACUUUGGCAGCGCUACUUUUGACCACGAACACCACUCUGCCCUCAUCUCUACACGGCACUACCGAGCUCCAGAGAUCAUACUGGAGUUGGGUUGGAGUCACCCAUGUGAUGUGUGGAGUAUCGGCUGCAUCCUGUUUGAAUACUACGCAGGCUUCACACUGUACCAGACUCAUGACAAUAAGGAGCAUCUUGCUAUGAUGGAGAGCAUACAGGGACCAGUUCCUCAAAGAAUGAUUCAAACGAGCAGAAAGCAAAAGUAUUUCCACCGUGGGCGUCUCGACUGGAAUCAGUGCUCCAAGGCCGGACGCUACGUGAAAGCCAAGUGCAAACCAUUAAGGAAGUACUUGUUAUCUCACGGCACAGAACACCACCAAUUGUUUUACCUCUUAGAGAGGAUGCUGGAGUAUGAGCCCUCCACACGCAUCUCUCUUUCCUCUGCCCUGUGUCACCCCUUCUUCCUGCCUCUUCAUCAUCCAGGAAGGAAUCAAACCUGGAGGAACAGCUGUGAUAUGAGUAGAUGAACCUGAAUAGGCAACUGACUCUACGAGGACCAUACUAGUGUGUUUGCAAGUUUUAGUUUCUCAACUUCAAAUCAGAAGAAAUUAAUUGAAAGAAGGGCUUAAAAAGUUAUUAUUAUAGUGUGCACAAUGUUGAA